UGCUACUAGUAAUUCUGGAUUUCUGCGAAAGUUCUUAAAUUUGGAUUCUAUUUUAUUGCUUAGCGUUUUUACCAAUAUAUCCGAUGGAUGUUUUCCGAAUCACGAUCCUUAUUCACUUAGUAUACUAGGAAGGCCUGAGCAAGAUUAACAUGAAAAAAUACAGGAAAAUUAGUAUUUGACGACGAAUAUUUCCAUUCAAUUAUUCAUAACCAAUUUUUGUCAUGGUGCGCGAAAGAACUCUCAAAAUUAAUAAAAUUUUUUGGAUUAACAUAUGUUAAAUAAAAAUUGAAGUUUUUCUAAUAUAUAUUCCAUGUUUCCUCUAUCCGUUACCAAAAUGAAGUGCCAAAGACUGAAAUCAGCGUUCGGAAAUAAAGAAGAAACAUACGGGGUGCCUGUUACCACCGAUAACGCCGCCGACUCCUCUAGUCAAUUAUUUUUUCCCUUAGAUUAUUAUUAUAUCAUCUCUUACUAUACGAGGUUAAAAAAAUCUAUGGUUGUGAAAAGCGAGUCUCAUGGACUAUAUUCGCACAUCCUACCGAUAGUCCACAAACACUUAAUCGAAGUUAGCUUCUUCUUGGCUAAAUUCACUAUCCUUUUUAUGGCUGCCACAUUUUACGCAGCUAAUCUAUUCAAACAGAAUUUUUGGCGACAUUAUUUUUUGUCCGUCACCUUUAACUUUACCACCCUGUACAAAACAAAACAACAUAUAAUAUUCUUAUUGCUCUACUAUUCAUUAUUAUCCGUAUAUACGUGGUCCCCUGUCAAAUCCGACCCCUUGAAGAAUUACGUACGACACAAUUUGAAUGGUUUUUCCGUUCACGAUAAAAACCUCAAUUUCGAUUCCUUCAACUCAUUCGACACUAAUAACCGAAGAUUAUUCGAUAAUUUUGGUGAGAACGAAAAUCGAAUCAUAUCUCUGUCACUGAAUUCUCAGCCGGCUCGAACCAAAAAAGCUAUUAACAGUUUCAACCUGAGCUAUUCCUUGGUCAAGAAUUCUGGUAAACCUUGUUUUCCUAUGGAUUCCUGUGAGCGACCCGAUAUACUGAACGAGGAGUCAAACUUGAACCUCCGCAAACAAAGUGCCUCCCAUAAAAGGCUCAAGAACUGCGAAUGCGACGCGGAUUGCGUUAUCUACGGUGACUGCUGUGCCGAUUUUUAUUCCAUCGAUGCUCCCGACAAUGCAAAAAUUGAUCAAAAAGAAGAAUAUCCUAAAUUCUCUUGCAAACACGUGUCGGGGUUGUACGAUAUUUACAUGGUGGAUGAGUGUUCUUCCGCAUUACUGAACAACCAUAAUCUGAAAGUGAAAUGCCACGCUACGGAUUUCAAAGACCCCCUAACCUUUAUCCCUUACACUGACUCUCGCACUAAUUUUACUUACCGAAACAUAUUCUGUGCGUUAUGCAAUAAUGAUCCUUCUAUUUUGCCCUCGCUCGUUCCCUGGGCCUCUACUAUAAAUUGCGAUUUUUCACCUGCUUUCCCUGCAAAUAACAAAUUAUCUUCUCUAACGACGGAAUCAUUUCUGGCCCAUUAUCUUAACCCAUUGAACCCUUCGUACUCUAGCCUUGUUCCUUACACCUUUCAAUACGAUUCCCAUCAAAAGUUCCUAGUUUGGCGAUUUCCCCAUGAAUUUUUUGACUCCAAAGGUCAAGUAAUAAGGGGUGAAAAAAACGUCUCCAACAGAAAUACGGGAGAUGAUGGUGGUAGUACAUGUUGGUGGAAAUUUUCCCACCCUUCCAUGACCAUUAUUACAAAUUCGAGGAAAUCGUUCAUACUCAGAGAUACUUCCUUAGACAAAGGCACCGAUGGCUUUGAAAAUAAUGCGAUAGGCCUGAGAAAAUGUGUGCCAAAAGUAAUCGACGAUUGUUAUCAAAUCGCAAAUGAUACUUCGGUCAUUUCUAUCACCUCCGGAUAUUCAUGGACUAGCAACGAGACUAAGGAGAGCCUGAGGGCAAAAUGCCGUGCUUACACCGCUAGAGUAUGGUCCCCCGCCUACGUUUACAAGAAUACCCAUUGCGCUCUAUGCAACGGUGGUCAGGUUAAAGCGCUUUCGGAACUGAGCUGUUACGACGUAUUCUCAUCGCCCGAUCCUUCGAAUAGUAAGAAAUAUAAAUUCAACAACGAUCACCUCUACUCCAAGUACGGGCUCAGUUUACCCCCCACGCUAACUUUUUCAUGGAAACUCAUGUCGGAUGGUAAUUUGGCUGAUCCUCUGAGAAAAUGUUUACCGGGAAAUAUCUGGGAUCCUUUCAAAUCUCUGUGCAUUAAACUACACUAUUGCGCCAAAGGAACAGCUUACGACGAAUCUUCUUCGCAUCCAUCUUGUGUUCAAAUGAGUGCCGAAGAAAUUGCGAGGUUAGCCAGCUACACAUUGUCUACUCUUAGCAGUGAAAAUUCUUUGUUGGAUCCCAAUAAUUUUAUAUUCACGACGCUCAAUUUGAACGAGAACAAUAAAUACGUGCUAAAAGAUAUCGACAAUAUAAUCAAUUCGCUUGGAGAUGUUAUCCCCUGCAUGAAUCCUAACGAGAUAAAUUCCGCUUUAAGCUUUAGUUAUCGGAGCGAUAGGAAUUCUCUGACUAAAAUUAUCGCCUCGCUAGAUCCCGACGGUUCUAGAUUUACGGUGUGGGGUUCGGACAAUUACGAAAGUUUAGACACAGGAAAACAGGGACCUCACUCAAUUAGACUUAAAGCCUCGCGAUUACCUCCGUCUUACAAGAUAUACUUAGACUAUUCGGCCUUAGUGAAUCCCGGAGAAUACUACUACCUGGUUCAAGGCACCAGAAAUCCCCGAUAUAACGGCGGGGAAAAUAAGCAUUUACUCUCUUUGCUCUCUCUAAGCCCUUCCGACCUAAAGAACGGGCAACGUUUAGCGGCGGGGAAAAAGAACGAUUACUAUAGUGACAACGUGAAUUCUUCCCCGCUCUUUGUGUGCACUGAGACGCUCAUAUCCAAAUUCCGGCACGACGAUCCUUUUUACGAAAAGAAGGGAGGAGACUACGGCCUGAACGGUCCUGCCAGGGAUUUUGUCUGCAAACGAAAAAGAAUAGUAAGUUACUUAGCCCUUUUAAUAUCCUCCGCAAUUUGCGUUAGUACCGUCAUUUUGAGUCUUGUAUAUCGUUGCACUAAUAAAAAAUGGAACGACGAAUGUAUACCUUCAAACAUCAAUAUUCUGGCUGUAAAUGAUAGCGGAAAGAAAAGGAGAAAAAUGGGUAAUGAUAUAAUAAACGAGGGAAGAAUAAAAAAAUUGGGAAUAGCCUUGGAGAUUCAAAGUCCUUCUGAUACUAAUCGUUUACUAAUGUCUAUCCACUCUCUUGAGUGCGCCUUGUUAAAUGCGCUCCUAGUCCUAGCCAUGUUCUAUUAUUACCACGAUUUGUCGCCAUCCUUAGAUUCUGGUUUCAAAUCUUCAGUCGACCACUAUUAUCCGAGAUGUUUAUUCAGUCCUAACCAACAUAUGUAUUCGCAUUCCUUAGAUAAUUCGUCGUUAGUGGCACUUAACAAAACCUACGCUAAGCAUAUCCCUAUGGUCAUCACAGAAACCCUUAAAUUGGGUUCCGAAUUUUCACUUAAGUUUAUUCAACCCUUCAUCAUAUUUUGCCUAUUCUCUAACCUGUUCUGGCUCGUGGCUUUUUGCUUAAACCGCUUUUUUGGCGCAUUACAGGACUAUAGAGAUGGUACUAGUGAUCAUUAUUCCGGUGCAAAAUUUCAAGAAAAUAAUAAAAAUUAUAUUUUGGAUAGGAACGAGGGACCAGCCCUAGCUCGCCGUCACAUGUCCUACGAUUUUUGGAACGGGGCGGUUAGUUCCAAGCUCCCCUGGUUGCGUUACCUCGUAUUCCAAUGCUCGGUUUGGAUCUUAGCUUUCCUCACCACGGCUCUCUUUUACUCCACCAUAGUUAUUUCCAGCUCUAAUACAUUUUUGACUCCCGAUUUCUCGCAUAUUUUGAGAGAUGGCAACAACGGAUCGUCCAAUUAUUCAAACGUGAAACGAUACCUUUUCUUGACCGUAUUGGACGUUUCGCCUCUAUAUGCUCCGCGUCAUAAUAAUAGCGAAUUAGCUGAAUUUUAUUCCCGAUCCUCCUUAUUACAAGGGAAUGGCGAUCUUUGCCAAGCCUGCUCCAGUGUACCCCUUAUCAAUCCAUUCUUCGGUCUAUCUUUCUUACUGCCUCUAACUCUGUGCACAGUUUCUCUGGCCCUGAUACUCAGCUUAUCUGUCAUUUGCCUUAAAACCGGCAACUUAUGGUGCUUUAAAUUACCUUCCUGUCGUUCGAAUGUGGCGGUCAAUAAACAUAACCCUCUAAAGUGCUACGAGAGAGGGAAAUCGCAUCGUAAUAAUAAGAGAAACGGUACUUCCCAUGAUAAAACGGCGGACGAAUUCUAUUCGUCCCCUCCUCACAAUGGCAGCCUACUUUAUCCCAAACUAACUGGCAAUAACAUCAACGAAUUUAACAGUAACACGUCGUCUUCGACCAAUUCUUAUACUCAAAAUAAUGAAGAAGACCAUAACGUUGAAAAUAAUUAUGAUCGAUUGAUCAAUUCCGAAAAAUCGCAGCGAAUCGAUGCCAAAAACAGCGGCGAGACAAGCACCAGCAAUAGCGGAAGUACUGAUGACAAUUUCACUAGCCACGAUCCUCUUAACAAAAAACAACCCACUCUGCCCAUGAGAAAUAGCUGUUAUAGCGAUAAUAAAAACACAAUGAAUUACGGAGAACUCAAUUUUUCAGACAUAGCUACAAUCUUACUCAUAAUCAUCACCUUAGUCCAAUAUGCCUUACUAUCAGCUUCAUCUACCUUAAAUACCGCAAAAUCUUCUUCCCGAUUUUCUCACUUUUUGGCCAAGAGCGACAACAUUUAUUGGAUACUCUAUCUGGUUUUCACUCUCUUCCGAUCUCUUUACCUUUUCACCCGUGCCGCCAUCGAAUUGAAUUACUCAUCCAGCACUGCCCAGGCUUUGGACGACGAUCGCGCUCUAGAUAAAUCCAAAUUCGCAGAUUCCAAUAACAAGUACCUCAGCCCCAAAUUUUACAAUCCCCUCGGCACCAAUAAAGGCUCUUACGAUGUCUAUUUCAAACAAAAUCUGUUGAAUCACUCAUCUCACCUACACACCCCCUGCCAGCUUAAGACUGACCAUAAUAAUAACGUAGAAUUAUUACGAGAAAAAUUGCUAGAUAAUCAUCUAGCCAACAAUAGCCCUAAAAUUUGUAAUAGUACUGCCGCUCCCUUCCACCAUAAUAAUGAUGAUGCUUAUUAUAAUAACCAUAAGAUUUACGGUCAGAGACCUGACAGGUUCAUGGAACUGGCUCUGGAACAAGAGAAAGCUAGACUUCACAGUGUCAGAGAUAUAGAAAUUUUGGCUAAAAAAAGGACGGGAGGAAAUAUUAGAAUAGAAGGAGCGAAUUCUAGAAUGACAAAAAAAGAAAUAUUAUUCAUUUUAAGAAAAUUAUAA